GUAUCGUUCAAACCUUGGCUAUACUCGGAUAAUGCGCACUGUCGUGCUGAAACAGUUGCAUCAUUUUUACAUUGUGUAGUUUCGCAUAAAGGUUGAAAGAUGCAAUUGAAACAUUUGUAAAUAUUGUUUCUCCUUUGUACAAUACAUUUAUGACUUAUUCCAUGUGCUUUAAUAUGAUCAGUAAAUGUUUAAAAUUAAGUGUAUUCGUGUUGUAAAUAUUACAACAAAUAAUAUAUGUGCGGUAUAUACAUAAAUGAUUCUAAAAUCGAUGAAGAACAGUCAUUAAAUUUAUUCUAUCAGAUACGGCUUUCAAAUGUUUCGAAGACGAGUAUUUUCAAAUCAUUUUUCAGGAAAUUGAGGGCAAUUUCAAAUCGUUAUAUCUUCCACAUAAAGAUUAUUUGUAUAAAGAAAUAUGAUAUAUGUGGAAUAUUUAUAAAACUAUUAUCGUAAUUUGAAAUAAUGAUAUAAAACAGAAUGAUUGAUUAUAAAUCAUUGACCGUAUUCGAUUAUGUCCAAUUAUGAUCCUUAUCCGGAAAAGAUUAGUAAAUGUAUCAUACACCGUUGUUAACAAUAGGGGGACACACUAUUAUAUUUGAAUUCCAAUUGGUUUUAUCAUAGGUACUUUUCCGUGUCAGAAAGAUACCGAUUAGUAGCAGUCACCUUUAAGCUUUACGUGAAGUAACAUGAGUAUAUAAAUAAGUGCUCAAAUAACACUCUUGUAGACUCGAAAGUAACAUUAACUCGACCAUUUAAUUAAUUAGCAUUAUUCCGAUCGAUUAUUCGGUGAUUGUGUCACUCAUUUUUUAUCCGAAGACAAAUCAUAUAAAAUAUUGAUAAGUAAUUUGAAUACAUAAUUGAUUUGCUAACGACUUUGAAUUACGUUACCAAAUAAUAUUUCUUGAUAAUUUAUCAGUAUAAACAAAAGAUCUUCUAUUACGUAACAUUUUUUUGACAUACUACCGAUCCAAAUUUUAUUAGCAAUAAAUCUUAUAAAGUUUCUUUGUCCAUCAUCAAAAUGAGGCUGACUUUAAUACCGCGUACGAUGGAACUCGCUAAACUGACGCGCCGACUUAGACGGCGGCAAAAUGUACGAAAUGUUAGCGAUCAACAUCUCGCUGAUAUUGAAGAAAAAAAGAAGAGAGUACCGUUAAAUAUUGAUACUAAUAUGUUUAAAAUUGGUUUUCUUGGCGGAGGAAAAAUGGCUCAAGCAUUAGCCAAAGGUUUCAUACGAGCUGGUUUGAGUAAAGGUGAGAUGAUGCUCGCUAGUUGUCUUCCAAAUGAUGUUAGCAGUAUUGAAAGUUUUAAGGAUAUAGGAUCAAAAACAGUAUUUUCUAAUUCACCUGUAAUAGAUUAUGGUGAUAUUAUAAUUUUAUCCGUAAAACCACAAGUAGUGCCCAAGAUAUUACCAGAAUUAAAGGAUAGUUCAAAAUUGUUGCUUUCAAUAGCCAUGGGUAUUUCUAUCUCAACUUUAGAAAAGGCCUUACCAAAAGGGACUCCAGUUAUACGAGUAAUGCCUAAUACACCUGCCCUCGUUGGUUGUGGUGCUACAGUAUUUUGUCGUGGUACAAAUGCAGGAGAUAAAGAAGCAGAAGUUGCUGAGAAAUUAUUUUCCUCCGUUGGUUUUUGUGAAGAAGUGUCCGAGAAUAUGAUAGAUCCAGUUACUGCUCUAGCUGGAUCAGGUCCAGCAUAUGUAUACAUGAUGAUUGAAGCUCUCGCUGAUGGUGGUGUAAAAAUGGGAUUAAUGAGAAAUCUAGCGUAUAAAUUAGCGGCUCAGACUGUCCUUGGUGCAGGAACUAUGGUUCGUGAAACUAACAUUCAUCCUGGUCAGCUUAAAGAUGACGUGUCCUCACCUGCAGGAUCUACAAUAACUGGAAUUCAUCAAUUAGAAAAACAUGGAAUAAGAGCUGCGCUUAUUAGUGCUGUAGAAUCUGCCACUCAGCGAUGUAAAGAAGUUAACUCUAUUUUGGAAAAAGAGAAGUAGUCAUUGCGUUUAAUUAUUUUCUACGUAAAAUCGGAAAAUUAUGAAAUGAGAAGUAUAGAUAAACUGUUAUAACUUUUUUCAAGGAUAUCUUCGUUUUUACGUUCGUAGUGAUGAAGUCAUUUUACUCUUUGAACUCUUACAAUUAAACAACUUUUAUUACUUGUCUUCUUGAAAUCGUUUGGAUCGAUUUUAGAGAUCUCUCUUCUAUAUUUUUCUUUUGUAUGUACGUGAAUUAUUUAUACGUAGACUACAUUAGUGAGAUUCUUAUUGUUAGUUUUAGAACCAUUUGUUUCUGUAAAUAAUUUUUUCAUAGGCAAUAUUAAGUAAUGCAUUUAUCAAAACAAAAACAUUGAAGUGAACUUUACAGAAAUAACAUUUAUUUUAACAAUUAUUUUGACGAACAACUUGUACAAAUUCAGAUUUACGAAAUAUUCAUCAUUUUCAUGAUUACAUCUGUUAUAUAAAUAAAUAACAGAUAAUAUAAAUUAUUU